UAUGCCCACGAGAACCCUGAGGACCCUGGUGCAGCGGCUCACUUUGCCUGCGAUCUCCCUGGCAUGGUCCGCAAACGUGAAAAGCGGAUCGAAACAGACGCCAAGGAGCUUGGGUUUACGGACGAGUGGUAAGGACGCACCGUUGACGAUGAUGGCCGGGUGA